GGCAUUACGCAAGGUCUGGUGUUUACCUCCCGUGGGAGCCUCCUCCCUCCCUAUAAAGCCUGAUGUCGUGGAGAGAUUUGCCGAGACUGAGACUCUGGUUGAAGACAGAGGCAAUCCCAGGGGAGGGGCGGAAAGCGGCAAAAGUUAAUGCGGGAGUCGGAGAUAAGGGCAUCUACACAGCAAGCAGCAGGGGCGGCCUGCCAUCUGCGCGCUCGAAGGCGGUCGCGGUGGUCGCGGAAGGGGCGGCGUCCAGAUCCCAACUUUCCAUGGAUGCGCCCGAGCUGGGCCCGGGGCUGGUGGAGCGUCUGGAGCAGCUGGCGACGUGUCCUCUGUGCGGGGGCUCCUUCGAGGACCCGGUGCUUCUGGCGUGCGAGCACAGCUUCUGCCGCGCGUGUCUGGCCCGCCGCUGGGGGACCCCGCCGGCGACCGACACCGAGGCUUCCCCCACCGCCUGUCCCUGCUGCGGCCUGCCGUGUCCCCGCCGCAGCCUGAGGUCUAAUGUGCGGCUGGCAGUGGAGGUGCGAAUCAGCCGUGAGCUGCGAGAGAAGCUGGCUGAGCCUGGGGCCCGUGCGGGGAGACGCCGAGGGGGGCGCAUCCCCACCAUGGGCUGCCUGGACCCGCCUGGAGAGGAUAUGAGGAAGACAUGGAGACGAUUUGAAGUCCCAACACCUAAGUCAUCUAAAUCAGAGGAUGAUCUCCCUGAAGAUUAUCCAGUGGUCAAAAACAUGCUUCAUAGACUGACAGCCGACCUGACCCUGGACCCUGGGACCGCACACCGCCGCCUGCUCAUCUCCGCCGACCGCCGCAGCGUUCAACUGGCUCCACCAGGGACGCCCGCGCCCCCUGACGGCCCCAAGCGCUUCGAUCAGCUCCCGGCUGUGCUGGGCGCGCAGGGCUUCAGGGCCGGCCGCCACUGCUGGGAGGUGGAGACUGCGGACGCUGCCUCCUGCAGAGACUCUUCUGGGGAGGAUGAGGACGACGAGGAGAGCCACUAUGCAGUGGGCGCGGCCGGAGAAUCCGUGCAACGCAAGGGCUGCGUGAGGCUGUGCCCUGCGGGGGCCGUGUGGGCCGUGGAGGGCCGCGGCGGCCGCCUGUGGGCCCUCACGGCACCCGAGCCCACCCUGCUGGGCGGAGUCGAGUCCCCGCCGCGGCGUAUUCGCGUGGACCUGGACUGGGAGCGGGGCCGCGUGGCCUUCUACGACGGCCGCUCACUGGACCUGCUUUAUGCCUUCCAGGCAUCCGGCCCCCUGGGGGAGCGCAUCUUCCCGCUGUUCUGCACCAGCGACCCUCGUGCUCCGCUCCGCAUUGUACCAGCGGAAAGCUGAGUCCAACCAGAAGUCUGGCCCGGCCACUGGCCCUGCAGCUGCUUCUUUUUGGCCGUGCAAUUCCCCACUCAUUUCUGCGAACACAUUCACAUGCCCAUUGCAGGAGUAUUAACACCAACCCACAUUUCCCCCCCAAAAAUGAGAUCUCACCUGGUCUCCACGUUUCCACGUCCCUGCUCAAAAUCAAAUCCAUUCCUGCUUUCUGGCUCUCAGAAUCUUCUCUUCCCUACAGCUGCCACAGUACUUCCUGACUUCUCCCAUUCAAACCACUCUAGGCCUGCAAUGGGGAACAGGCCCUCCCCAUCAGUAUUGGUAAAGUGACCAUGUUUCCUACACAGAGGCUCUGCUGGUCAAAUACUUGACUCCCACUCUUGCCUCUCCUAGCUCCAAAGAAGGGCUCAGGGUCUCCCCACAGAUCUAAGGACUGGGCUAACCUGCCUGUCCACUAAGUUUCCUCCUAAAACAAGAGGCUUGACUCUGGUCUGGGCCCUGUGACCCUCGGGGAAGCUUCGUACCCCUUUUGGGGGAUCUCAGGGUGGGGAGGGACAAGCUAGUUCCCCAACCUCCUAUGACUGCUUUCUAUGUUCACAGCCUUUUUUCCAUAAAAACCUUCUUGAAACUUCUCCCUGCACAUACUCACAGAAAGGAGCCAAUGGUGCUACUUCCCCUCUCUCCUCCUCAACCUGGGAAUACUUCAGACAUCUCCAAACUCAUCCUUGUGUAUAGUCUCACACCCUUCCCCAUAUGUAUAAAUGGGCCCAUAUUUAACACAUUUUGUGAUUUUGGGUUAUUUAUUUUGUGCAUCUGUGGCAAUAAAUGAGAUCUCAGUGGUGGUA